AUCAUUGUCUUCAGUUCAUCAUAGAAUUCACUUGACUUCAAGAUGAAAGGUUUAACAAUUUUGUUGUUCGCAACUGUCAUUGCUUCUAGUGAUGCUGCUCAGAAGUGUGAAGAAGUUACAGAUCCGUGCGCUUCUGUUAGGGCAGAUGCAGCUCCCAUUUACGAGAAUGCAAAUAAUGUUUUCAAAGAGGUUGAUGACAGAUGUACACCACUUUUUGAAGCUGUAGAACCGAGACCAGCAUCGGAUGAACUCACCGCAGAACUCAGCCAAAUUUUAUUGCAAUGCUCACGUGAUAUGGAAGAUGACUAUAUAAAUGCCUUUACAGGCCUUGGAGAACUCUUGGGAAUAGACCCUCCUCAACUUUAUUUGCUUAUGUUUUUAAAUAAUGAAAGGGAAGGUUUGAGCCGUUUGUCUUGCUGAAACUGAUAGCGCGUUCAACGCAAACUAUGCAAGCAUUUCGGACAAUUGGCUUGUUAUUGCUGAUUCCAAAAGAUUGUAAGUGAUUCAAUGAAAAUUAUAUUAAAGUUUUGAUCAUUAUAAAGAAAAAAGUCACUUUUUGAAU